AUGCCAAAAAUGCUUGGUCAUACUUUUAAGUCAGUGAAAUUUAAACGUAAAGACAAAGUUCUUUCUCUAGUAGCUGCAAAAUGUAGUGUGAAGAUUGGGUCGAUUCCCGUUAUUAUCAAUCCACUUCUGUUGUUUCAACGCAUAUGCAUUGCAAAAAAAUCUGACGAUGAACUGAAAGAAUACCUACAGUACGAACUUGCGCCUUUUCCGUUUUCAAUGUUCACUGAGGAUGGUAUGCGCAAGGUGGCAAAAUCUUCAUUGUACAAAGCUUAUAUGCCUGUUACACCAGUCAUAGAAGUUGACACAACUAUACAUAUUAUUGACGGUUGCUUUUUGCUGAAUCGUGCAUGUGUGGGGCCGUAUUAUGGGACGAAUACAAUUGUUGCUUUUGAUGGAUAUCCCAAAAGUGGGACAGAAACAAGUACGAAAUCUGCUGAAAGGAACCGCUGCUCGAAGCAGCAUUGCAACACUGAUAUACUCUUCGAUGAAUCCAUGAUUCCAACUGUAUCGCAAGAACAAUUUUUACCGAACAGUUUCAACAAAAAGUGCUUCAUCGCAUUGCUGCAAACAAAGUUGAAAGCUCAUAAUUACAAUGUUAAGCAGGCGAUCAAAGAAGCGGAUUCAUUAAUUGUGCAGACCCCCAUCCAACUUCCUCCCUCUUUUUACUCCAUAUUCGUUAUUGGAGAAAAUGUAGUUAUGCUUGUGUUGUUGACUGCUAAAGCCAGAGAGAUCCCGAAUUUUUAUUUGCGCAAGCCGGGUAGAGGGAAAAAGGAGGAUGUGUUCUAUUCGCUUUAG